AUGGCAGAAAAUACCAGACUCAGAGAUCUCACCACUCAAAUCCAGGCCCAUGACCAACAAUUCUCUCAUCUGGAGCGAUCAUUAGACCACCGUCAGGAAACUUUUGAGUUAUUACAAACUCAAAGACUUGGUGAAUCUAAUAGACAACUACAGGAGAUGUUCUGUUUACUGCAAAAUAUGCAGCAACAGAUGACGACAUUCACCACAAACCCCCAGGCAGGUAUACUGGGAGCCAACCCUACGCGUCCACCACAACCAGUCCGUUCCAUGAAAAUUGACUUUCCCAGAUUUGGAUCUGGAGACCCCGGACCUUGGCUAUUCGCAGUUAAUAGGUAUUUCAGAUAUUACCAAAUUCUGGAUCAUGACAGAUUAGAUCUAGUAUCUUUUAAUUUGGAUAUGCCUGUUUCUUGUUGGUUUGAGGCACCUUUUGCUCAUGGCCAAAUUCCAGAUUGGCAAGCUUUUGUCAUUGCUAUUAACCAGAGAUUUGGACCAUCAGAAUUUGAAGACCCACUUGGAUCUUUGGUCAAAUUGCAGCAAUCUGGAUCAGUUGUGGAAUUUCAAACAGCUUUUGAACUGGUAGCUCGUAGAGCUCCAGAUCUGACCCCUGUCAUGCAUAAAAGCCUGUUUAUAGCUGGUUUGAAACCCCAGAUCCACAGAGCAGUAGUGGUUCACCGCCCAACUGAUUGUACUUUAGCUUUUGCCUUUGCUAAGAUUUAUGAGGAUCAGUUCGCAGAAACUCGUUUCUCUAAACCAUGGUCUCAACGUUCCAAUAACCCUCUACAACCAAUUGCAGCCUCACCCAUUACUACCAUUUCCCCAUUCAGUUCAUUUAAACCAAAUUCAUCAUUACCACCCAUACCCAUUAAGCGUUUGUCAGCAGAAGAACGGCAAGCUCGUCGUGACAAAAAUUUGUGCUAUAACUGUGAUGAAACAUCUGUAUGUGGUCAUAAAUGUAAAGGCCGAGCCACACUGCUGUAUCUUGAUGGCUCAGAUGAUGACCCACCUGAUAUACCACCAGCCCAAGACUACACACCUGAACAAAAUGUUGAAUUAACUGAGACACCAACUCAGGAGGUUCUACAUGAAAUUAGUUUUAAUGCAUUAUUUGGUCAUCAAUCCUCGAAUUCAUUUAGGAUGCAAGGUACAAUUCAUGGGCAAUCAGUACAACUAUUGGUGGAUGGAGGUAGUACUCACAAUUUUAUCACCUCUCGUAUGGCCUCACAUUUAAAUUUAAUUUUACAUGCUGUCCCUCCUUUUAAAGUCAGGGUAGGAAAUGGAGAUGCCUUAUUAUGUCCUGCUUUGUGUAAUAUUGUUCCUAUUGUUAUUCAAUCGCAUUUGUUCAACAUUUAUGUUUUUGUGAUUGAGUUAAAAUGUGCUGAUCUUGUUUUGGGGGUGCAAUGGUUGGCAACGCUGGGUCCCAUUGUUAUAGAUUACGCUGCACUAACAAUGUCCUUUAAUCACAACAAUACACAGGUAUCGCUUCAAGGUGAAGUUUCUACUCAACCACAUCACAUCAGCUUGUCCCAAUUGCACAAACUCAUGCUCCAGGAUUCAAUUUCCUCAUGUCUGAUGUGUUUUUCAACUCAGUGGGAUGACAAAGAUCCUGACGCUGACAAAACAGAACAAAUUCCAGGCUUGGAUCACCUACUUUAG